UACGGGUUCCCAUGAACCCGUAUACCGUAUAUAAUGCUAUAUAUCCGCCACUGUGUCCAUGUUCUUGAUUUAUGGAUUUUGAGCCCUACAUUGUUCGCGCUUCAGAUGUCCAAUUAGAUGUGGGAGUGUUAGUGGCGUAUAUUGGUUGUUGAUGUUAAGUGGUUCACAUUUGUUAGAGAAUAGACAGUUGUUUCUUGAUUUGGGAAAUUCUCACCUUAUGCUAGAGUUGCUUACUCCAACUUCUAUUUUAGCUAGGAAGUUGUAAGGGUUGUAUAUUUCUCAUUAAAGUUCUUGUAGUUCCAGUUUGAAUUUACUUUUCCUUUUUCUUCAAUUCAUUUAUGGUCUUUGCAGGAAUUAGCGAAAAUGUUGAUAUAAAAAUUAGAUGCUUUCCAUCUUCAGAGUAGUUUCUAUACCCUUUUUCAUCCAAACAAAACAUUUAAUUUAAGUAUUUGCGAGAAACAUGGAAAUGUGAAGAGUAUCAGGUUUUAAAUAAAUUCAAUACUUCAGAACAUAAUAUGAUGGAACAUUAGUGAAUUUAAAUGUCCUCUCUUACUCUUUGAUGUCAUGUAUCGUUUGAUGUUUGCAGAAUGCUGACACUGCUAAUUAUUCGAUAUAUAUACAUUCAGAACCUGGUUUUAUGUUUAAUGAGUCCACCUCAAGGUCAUAUUUCUUCCAUGAUCGCCAAUUGAAAAAUAGCAUCAAGGUUGGGGAGAAGCAAGUAUGAUUGAAGCAGAGAGAUUGUUACUUGAGGAAGCUCUUAAGGAUCCAGCCAAUAUAAGAUUUGUUCUCUUGUCUGAGAGCUGCAUCCCGUUGUACAACUUUAGCUAUAUAUACAUCUAUUUGAUGGCUUCUCCUAGGAGUUUUGUAGACAGCUUUCUCGAUAAAAAAGAACGACGCUACAACCCAAACAUGGCACCAUAUGUACCAAUGAGCAAAUGGCGGAAAGGAUCUCAGUGGAUCACUUUAAUCAGGAAGCAUGCAGAAGAAGUUGCUGAUGACAAUAUUGUUUUUCCAGCUUUCAAGAUGUUCUGCGAGAGAAGUCGCAACUGCAUUCCAGAUGAACACUAUGUGCAGACAUUGUUGGCAAUGCAUGAUAGUGAAGGAGAACUGGAACGUCGAACUAUAACCUAUACAGAGUGGAGCCAAUCUGGGACAAAUAUGGACAAAAGUAGUUGGCAUCCUAUGACGUUUAGCUAUGCAGAUGCAGGACCUGAACAGAUCAAGAGAAUAAAGGAUAUCGACAACGUUUACUACGAUUCAGAGUACAGAACAGAGUGGUGCCAUAAUAAUUCUACGCAGGUUCCUUGUUUUUUGUUUGCAAGGAAAUUCUCACAAGGAGCUGCAAUGCGUCUACUGAGUGAAGGAGUUGUUUCUCGGUUUGAUGCCUCCGCUAUAAUGGACCCAACACCAUGAUUUUCAUCGUGCUUUUGUAUAGUCUAUGAUGCUCGGACUCUCUAAAAAUGUUGUCGCACCUAUGUCGGAUCCUCCAAAAAUCUCUAAUUUUGGUGGUUCCGACAUGCACCAGUCGACUUUUUUAAGAGACCGAGCAACAUAGGUUACUAAUGCUUCAUGUUUAUGUCUUUCGUGAACCAAUUUUGCUUUGUAUUAUAGGUAAGAAGAUGAUUAGCCUUUGAGAUCUUAAAUCUUAAGGGUGAUCAUAACAAGAAAGAGAAAAAAAAUGUUGAGUGUGUCAUACAACUGUUCAGUACUUCAGCCUUCUAGAUUUAGGGAACAUAAUGUGGAAGUUGUUUCUUGGUCUGGUGCAUGUAAGACAUCCUGUUUGUAGAUAUCAAAAAGUUGCUCUAUGCUGUAUGA